CAAUAAAUUGACUCUCCAAACAACUGGACAAUUCUGAGAUCGCACGAAUCCUGCCCAAAAAGCAGAAGCAGAUGCCCUCAAGACAAUGAAGGAGAAAAAUCGACAUUCUGAUAGUAAAUAAUGGCAGGAGUGGAGGUUCCAAGAGUGAAGCUUGGAAGCCAAGGACUGGAGGUAUCAAAGUUGGGGUUCGGAUGUAUGGGCUUGAGUGGCGUCUACAACUCUCCAGUUUCCGAUGAGGACGGCAUUGCCAUAAUAAAGGAAGCUUAUAGCAAGGGAAUCACGCUCUUUGACACUGCUGAUUCGUAUGGAGCAAAUGCUAAUGAAGUUCUGGUCGGAAAGGCCUUGAAGCAACUCCCAAGAGAGAACAUUCAGCUAGCCACAAAGUUCGGUAUACUAAGAUUAGACUUUUCCAACUUGGUGGUUAAGGGCAACGCAGAAUAUGUCAGGUCAUGUUGUGAAUCUAGUUUGAAGCGCCUCGGUGUGGAAUACAUUGAUCUGUAUUAUCAGCAUCGAGUCGACACAUCAGUUCCGAUAGAAGAAACAAUGUACGGAUUAAAGAAACUGGUGGAAGAGGGAAAGAUCAAGUACAUUGGUCUAUCUGAAGCCAGCCCUGACACGAUUAGGAGAGCUCACGCAGUGCAUCCAGUUACCGCUGUACAGAUGGAGUGGUCUCUCUGGACUCGUGAUAUCGAGGAAGAGAUAGUUCCAUUAUGCAGGGAACUCGGCAUUGGAAUAGUUACGUACAGUCCUCUUGGCCGUGGCUUCUUUGCUGGCAAAGCUAUUGUUGAGAGCUUACCUUCCGGCAGCUCUCUGGUUACGCACCCGAGAUUCAGAAAGGAGAACCUGGAGAACAAUAAAAUGAUCUAUUAUAGGAUUGAAGAUCUUGCCAAGAAGCAUGGAUGUACGACAGCUCAAUUAGCUCUAGCAUGGCUUCUUGCACGAGGAAACGGGGUCGUAGCAAUCCCCGGGACGACUAAGAUCAAGAACUUAAAUGACAACGUGGGUGCCUUGACAUUGAAACUCACUGAAGAAGAUUUGGAAGACAUUUCCAAAGCUGUGCCCAUCAACGAAGUAGCAGGUGGUAGAACGUACGAGAGCGUGAUGCAUGCGACGUGGAAGUUUGUUAGCACACCUCCGCCAACCAAGAAGUACUCAGCAUAAGAGGUUCACAAUGGUGGUCCUGCAGCCCAGUCCAUGGAUUCGAAGACUCCGAGAAUGCAAUGACCGAUAAGUAGAAGAAGUGUUCUUUGUUCUCUUAGCCAUCGCAAAAAUUGCGGUUGAGCCUUCCUUGUCAUGUUCUAAUGCUGUUUUUAAUGCUCUUGAGACCCCGCGAAUGUACUUCACUCGCUGUGAGCUUUGCGACUGAACGGUUAAUGCCACGCUACAAGCUCUUUGUCAUGACUUUUUUCUGAGACAACUGAGAGAGAGACUUUCAUUCUUUACUUCAAGCAGAAGGAGCCACUUUAU